AUGUCUGUGGUGCCGCCUAAUCACUCGCAGGCGGGCUGGCCCUGGGGGAUCAACCAGUUCGGCAACAAGUACAUCCAGCAGACCAAGCCCCUCACCCUGAAUCGCACCAUUAACCUGUACCCGCUUACCAAUUAUACCUUUGGUACAAAAGAGCCCCUCUAUGAGAAGGACAGCUGUGUUGCAGCCAGAUUUCAGCGCAUGUGGGAGGAAUUUGAUAAAAUUGGGAUGAGAAGGGCUGUAGAAGGGGUUCUGAUUGUACGUGAGCACCGGCUACCCCAUGUGCUGGGAACAACUUUCUUCAAAUUACCCGGUGGUGAACUAAACCCAGGAGAAGAUGAAAUUGAAGGACUAAAACGCUUAAUGGCAGAGAUACUGAGUCGUCAAGAUGGAGUCCUGCAAGACUGGAUCAUUGAUGACUGCAUUGAUAACUGGUGGAGACCAAUUUUUGAACCUCCUCAAUAUCCAUAUAUUCCUGCACAUAUUACAAAGCCCAAGAAACACAAGAUGUUGUUCCUGGUUCAGCUUCAAGAGAAAGCCUUGUUUACAGUCCCAAAAAAUUACAAGCUGGUUGCUGCACCAUUGUUUGAAUUGUAUGACAAUGCCCCAGGAUAUGGACCCAUCCUUUCUCGUCUUCCUCAGCUGUUGAGCAGGUUCAAUUUUAUAAACAACUGA